GGCUAGGCGAAGCUCGGGAAGGGCGGCUCUUUUGCCCACUGCUAAGAUGGCAGGCCGGAAACCACUGUAGGUGCGGGAGCCCGCCUCUAGAGGAAGUGAACCCCCCAAGCGGAAGUGAAAAAGGGGGGAACGCGUCUCUCGGUGCGCUGGUCCGGUACUUCCUUUGUCUCCCCUCCUCUGUUUUCCCCAACUCUCUCGCCAGGCCUCUACGCGGACGGGUUCGUGCCGGGCCGGACUUCGGCUAUGGCAAACCGGACAGUGAAGGACGCGCACAGCAUCCACGGCACUAACCCUCAAUACCUGGUGGAGAAAAUCAUCCGCACUCGCAUCUAUGAAUCCAAGUAUUGGAAGGAGGAGUGCUUCGGCCUCACAGGUGAGGCCUAGGGCGUCUGGGUAGCUGGGGAUGGAGGAGGAGGGGCUCACUCCGUGGGGGGGGGGGAGUUGGGGAAUACCUGCCACUUCGGUGGGGCAGUUUGGAAACUACACACCGGGGGAGAGGUGGGUGAAACGAGGGCACAAAAGCUGUACAACCACGCUGUGUAUUUCAUAAGUGGCUACAUUUGUAUGCCACCCAUCAUCCAGGGCCAGAAGAUGCGGGACUAACCAGUGUUAUAAGUUAGUUUCCCUUAUAUCGCCUAUCAGUGCUUUUUUUCUAAAAAUAAAAAUGUUUAGCGGUACUCUCAUUUUCCUACUCAUAUUGAAAUACUGCCUGCGCAGUGAGGCCAAACUUAGAUUCAUAAAAUGUUUAGGGGCAUGCCUACCCACUGGAAAAAAAGCAGUCACCUAUUAAUAUUUUAAUCGGGUGAUCGAACCACUUGAGGUAAUACCUGAAGUAUCGAAAGCUUGGGUGGCAGCAGUCAUUUGAACGCUUAUUAAGAAUCCAAAUCCUAUGCAUGUUUAAAGUUCCAUCACCAUCAUAGUAUUUUCUGGUAGCAAAUUCUCUAGUAACAGUAAACCCGGUGCCUUCCUAGUUGACUAAAAAUACAACUUCCAGCUUAAACAUGAGCAAUUGGUCUUGCUCUAACUUCAGAAUCUGAGUUCCUUUUCAUAUGAUUCCUUUCAUAGCUGAACUGGUGGUGGAUAAAGCCAUGGAACUGAGAUACACUGGUGGAGUUUAUGGAGGAAAUAUCAAGCCUACACCAUUCUUGUGCUUGACUUUGAAGAUGCUGCAGAUACAGCCAGAAAAGGAUAUCAUUGUUGAAUUUAUAAAGAACGAAGAUUUCAAGUAAGAGAAAAUAGCUAGAGAAGUAGUGUAGAGCUGUGGUUUCCAAUUAUUAGCAAAAGCCUUUCUUGGUGUUCAGAUUCACAUUAGUCGGCUCUCAUCUCUACAUCUACUAAUUUCUUAAGUCAUUACCCUUACUGUUCAAGUUUCUUUAGUCAGGACUCACAGAAGGAUUCUUCUAUGAUACAAAUGUUUUGCCUGUUUGGAGGUAAUCUUGUUGCCAUUGUACCCCUCUAUUUUUUCUUGAACCUAGAUUCUGCUAUGUGGCACAUGAAGGUUACAUUAAUGAAACAUUUUGGGUAUAGUUUCAAAUUCUGAGCUGAGAGCAUGUAUUCCAAUGACUUUAUUUGAAAGAAUAAUAAUAAUUCUAAAUUGCUAUUUUUGUGUUUGCUAAUUUUUAGGUAUGUAAGAUUGCUGGGUGCAUUGUACAUGAGACUGACUGGCACUGCUAUAGAUUGCUACAAAUACCUAGAACCUUUGUACAAUGAUUAUCGAAAAAUAAAAAGCCAAAAUAGAAAUGGGGGUAAGUGGCUCAGUUUUAUAAUUUAUCUGGUCAGCUCCUGCCCAUCAACAAAGCAGUCAUUAAGUUAGGUGGUAUAUAAUCAAUUUUACCAAUGUAGAUAGCAUCUGUGGAAUAUGUUGUGUAGGAGUCUUGAUGUUAUAAUCUUAAUUAACACUUAUUAAAUUAUCUGCUUUGUGAGGAACUAUUGUUUUUGUGACCAAGAAGCACAGUAUCCACAAAAUAUUAACUGCAAUAUUUCUACUCCUUUUAUACUGUGGUUUUUAUUUGGAAAAUAGGACUAAAUUGUUUAAUGUUUAUUUGAUAUUCAGCCAUACCCAUUUUAAAUUUUUUAUUGUAGCUACUGUAUUGUAGUGAUGCUCUCUAAAAUAUUUUUUCCAGAGUUUGAACUAAUGCACGUGGAUGAGUUUAUUGAUCAACUGCUCCAUGAUGAGCGAGUUUGUGAUGUCAUUUUACCUAGACUACAGGUGUGUAAUGGCUUGUAACAUGCUAACAAUAAAACUAUGAAUCAACCCUAAAAUACUACACAUCAGAAUAUAAUGGUUGGAGGGGGCAACCCAAGGCUAAAUUUGGAAAAACAAGACCUUUGUGAUUCAACCCUAUGUCCUCCAAAUGUGUGUUGCUUCCAUUGAGAAAUGUUGUUGGUUGUUAUUAUUAUUAUUAGAAACAAUUUAAGAUGAGCAGGUGACAACAAAGGUUGCAAGGUUUUUAACUGGAGCAAUCAGAAUGAGAUCCACUAUUUGACUAUUGAUUCAAAACCCUAAAAUGCAUUUUAUAUAAUUGACUUUUUAUUUCUAUUCUUUGUAUAUCGUAUUGUUUUAUUGCUAUGGCCAAUGGCUGACACAAAUUAAGAUUCAUUCAUUCAUUCAUUCAUUAUUAGAAACGAUAUGUUCUAGAAGAGGCUGAACAACUGGAACCACGAAUUAGCGCUUUGGAAGAAGAUAUGGAUGAUGUGGAGUCCAGCGAGGAGGAGGAAGAGGAGGACGAAAAGGUUGAACAUUUGUGUAGCUCCCCUGAGGGCCUCUUCUAUAACAAGAGUACUGACAUAUUGACUUUACAUAGUGCAAGAAAGCAUUUCUUAUGUGGUGCUCAUAUUGCUAAAGAGCUUUAGAACUGGCCUUAGCUAUUGUUAUUUUAUUCUUAAUUGUUCAGUUCUGACGUUCUACAAAAGGAAGAUCAGAAGACUGUCCAAGCUUUACUUUAUUCCUAGAACUUUUUUUUAAAGGAGCAUUGAGUCCUUUGUGCUUCUGUAAAAUCUUUUUUUAAAGUUCAUUUUAGAGAUGUUGCAUUGAACAUAAGGGGUUUUUUUUCUAGAAUGCUUUGCUUGCAAUAUUUUCAGAUGGAGCGAGUUCCCUCACCUGAUCACAGGAGAAGAGGCUACAGGGAUCUAGACAAACCCCGCAGAUCUCCAACUCUGCGUUACAGAAGAAGCCGAAGCAGAUCUCCUAGAAGGUAACAUAUUUGGAGCCGGCAAAAUACUUUUAACCAACUUAAUGCUGUACCUAAAACUAUUGUCAGAGUAACAUUUCUUUUCCCCCCUUCCCUGUUAGGCGAAGCCGAUCCCCGAAGAGGAGAAGGUAGGAGACUUACUAAAUUAUCAAGCUGAUUUAAAAAAUAAAUUGUGUGAACUUUACACUAAUAGCCUGUGUCCCUAUAGUCCAUCACCACGUCGGGAAAGGCAUCGCAGCAAGAGCCCAAGGCGACACCGAAGUAGAUCUCGGGAAAGACGCCACAGAUCAAGAUCUAAAUCUCCAGGUAAUUUUAUUUUGGGGACAGAGAUUUUUAGGUGGCUUUCUGGCAUCUGUUAAUUUACUUUCCCAUUUUUACCAGUACGGGGGGCCAAUCUGUUUAUAAUAUGAUGGCUUGGAUCCUCAGUUCCAGCUCUGUUCAUGGAAGUGAAAUUAUUCCUUUCCAUUGCUGCCCUUGGUGCCACAUACAACACUAUUCUGGAGCACCCUUGAGCAGAGUUUUACUCACAGACACUAGGAUUCAAGCCCCUAACGAAGUUAAAAUUGAUUGAGUCCCCUAUUACCACUCUGCUUUACUUGAUGUUACAUUCAGGAGGAAUCCUCUGUAGAGAAUGGAAUCAAAGUAAAGGUUUUGUAUCUUGUCUCAGCAGGGCAUCAUCGUAGCCAUAGACACCGAAGUCAUUCCAAGUCCCCAGAAAGGUACAUAUUUCGUAUUACUUUUAAAUGAUAUUAUUAUAAGAGGUCUUGCUUACAGAUUUCUUGCUAGGUUUUGUUAUCCGCCAACAACUUUUUUGCAUCAUCUAUGAAUUCAAGAUAGAUUGUAUGUAUCUUGGAAAUAUAUUUUUAGGACUCUUGUGAUUGUCAUAAUCACUGUAUUAAUAUCCAGAGGUGAAUUUAUCACUACAUGUUCAAAUUAUUUGUUCCUGAGAAUCAACUGAACAGUGAGUUACUUUUGUUCUUCUUUCAGAUCUAAAAAGAGCCAUAAGAAGAGUCGUCGGGGAAAUGAAUGAACCUAGAGAGUUCAAGAAUCUGAGCCACCACUUAUUUUCUUGUAGAUAUCAGGCAUCAGGAUGGGUAGAAGCUGCUGUGACAGCUAAUAAUUUUUGUAUUCGCUUAGUAUUCACAACAUUUUCUUUGACAACAUAAUAUUCUUUGUUUAACUUGAGGGGACAUUCAUUCAGUGUAUGUUCAUAUGUUUCUUUCCUAAAAGAAGUGUUGUGUAAAAAAUUCUUUUGACAGCCAGUACUUGCUUAAAACUAUAUAAAAGCAAGGCACAAUGAAUUGUUUAAAUUCAUUGUGAAACCUAUUGUGAAAGUCUUGCUUUUGGAGUAUUUGUAUAACAAUUUUUAUGUAACUCAUAAUUUUAUCAGCCAACAAGCUGUUCAAAAAUGUACAUAAUUCUGUAGGGAAUUGCUUCAGGUGUGGGGCAAGCAGGAAAGUACUAUUGUAACUUCUUUAUUAAAAUCUUUGAUAAAUAAGCUGCAGA